UACAGAGAAUGAAGUUCAGAGUUUUGUCUACCAUUUUCCUCCUCACAAUUGCAAAUGGAACAUGUGACAAUAAGGACUUUAUUCACCAACAGCCUUUGCUAGUUGCUGAACUGGGAAGCAGUGUGAUUAUACCCUGCUCUCACUCAGACGACUUUAUAAAUACUGUUUCAUGGUUUAAACAUUCUGUUGGCAAGAAACCACUUCUCAUAGCAUAUGCAGAACAUAGCUCUGGAAGUGUUACGUAUCAAAAUGACUUUGACAAGAAAAAUCGAUUCUUAAUCAGAAGUGGAACUGGCUCUUUUAAUUUGACCAUCAUGCACUUGGAAGAAUAUGACUUUGCAACCUACUAUUGUGUUGUGAGUUUUAUGAACAUUAUUAAAUUUGGAGAAGGGACAAUUCUUCUACAUAAAGAAAGUGACGGCAUAAGAAGGACUACAGUUCUCCAGCAGCCUGUAUUUGACAGACUUCAUCCAGGAGAUUCAGUGACUCUGCAGUGUUCAGUCAUCAGUCAGAUCUGUGCUGGACAAUACAGCGUCUACUGGUUCAGACAUUCAUCAGGAUAUUCUCAUCCUGGAAUCAUUUACACUGAUGAUAACAGGAGUGAUCAGUGUAUGGAGAGAUCAGAGAAUGGCUCGUCUACCCAGAGCUGUGUCUACAGUCUCUCUCAGACUGAACUCAGACCAUCUGAUACUGGGAUUUAUUACUGUGCUGUUGCCACAUGUGGGAAGAUACACUUGGGAAAUGGAACUAAGUUGAUUAUUGAGGAUUCUUCAGCUUCGACCUUUCGGAAUCCAGUGUUUUUAACCCUGCUCACAUUCACCAUAAUAUCCAUUAUCGUAAACGCAUUUCUGGUGAUGGUGAUUCGCAAGAAUUACAAAACAGGCAAAGAAUCUUCAAAACAACCCAGAAAUCAAAGCAAUGAGACUGUGGAAACAGAUGCCUUAAAUUAUAUUGCCCUGAAUUUUUCCAAAAGGCCUGCCACCUCAAAACGAUCUUCAGGGAAAACCAGCCAAGAAGGAACUGUCUAUUCACAGAUCAGAUCAAAGCCCCAGUUAAGAUAAUUACUAAUGCUAAGAAAUUGUUGUUGUUUUAUUUAUUUUUCUCAUUUGAACUGGGUAUUAUCUGUAUUAUCUGUACUGUACCCUGUCAUAUAGGACUGAUAUUGUAUUUUUAUUUGUACUGUUAAUUUUUUUUUAAUAUAAUUUUAUAAUUUCUAUUCACUGUGAAUAUUUUUAACUGAUACUUGUACUUCUUUUUUUUCUAUGACCCUUCAGUGAAGGGCCUUUACUUAAAAGGUCAUCAAGCCGUACAAUAUAUUUGAGAUUUUAUAUGUAUGUGCUUCACAUUAUUGAAAACAAUGUCAAUGUUUGU